AACCUUGUUCAUCAACGUAUGCAAAAUGCAAUGGAUUUUAGCUGAUAUAACCACACCGUCCAAAUAAUAACAAUCGUUUUGAGCUGGGUCUUUUUCUAAAUUAAACUUGAGUAGAUUUUCGUUAACUGGUAAAUAGUUAACAGAAUCUAUCGGAACUCGGAAGGUGGUAUCGUGAGAGCAAUGAUUUUCAGUGUAGAAAGGUUUGGUAAAUCACGUGGUAUACAUUAUGCUGUAUUGGACACUAUGGCUUGCAUCAUCAAAUCACAGAUUAUAGACAAGCUGACUACUGUAGUUCUCAAUUUUUUUAUUCCUUUCUGACGUAAAUAUAUUUGUAAAUUUUUUUGGUGUAAAUUGUUAAACUGUUAAUAAAGAAAUGGUAAACAAAUGGUGAGAAAUAAAAAGAAGUAUCGGACACAAUCUACACGUUCUUCUGCUUCACUCUAACACUUGUGCCCCUUCUCUUCUUUGUCUUCUUCCUUCUUCCUCCUUCCUCAAAUUCGCUUCGUUCACCUUCAGAUUCUCUUACCAGACACCAACUCAGAUUCACUCCGACAAUGGAAACAUUCCGAACAUUCCAUCUCUUCCUUUUUCUCUCUCACUUAAUCUUCUUGACGACACACACUACGCUUACGUCAGCAAACUCUCAGAUCGUUGACUGUACAAUGUGCACUUCUUGUGACAAUCCUUGUCAGCCAAAUCCCUCUCCUCAACCACCGACUCCAUCUCCUCCACCUCCAGUCACCAUCACCGCCUGUCCUCCGCCUCCUAGCUCUGGCGGUGGUGGUGGUGGUCCUUACUACUACUACCCACCUCCUUCUCAGUCUGGCUCUUACCGGCCACCACCGUCUUCCUCCGGCGGCGACGGUGGCUACGUUUAUCCGCCGCCUAAAAGUGGAGGAAACUACCCUUUUACGCCGCCUCCGAACCCAAUCGUUCCUUACUUUCCGUUUUACUACUAUAACCCUCCGCCGCAAUCUGUUGUAUUGUCCGGAUCCAUAAGUUUAUCUUACGGGUUUUCAUUUGUGUUAGGUUUUGCUCUUUUUCUCAGUACGUACGUUGCUUAUAAAUAAAUAAUACAGGUUAAAGAAGAUGAUAGAGGUUACUUGUAACAACAAGAAACCCUUUACCCUUGUCUCUUUGCAGGGAAGAUGACCAUGCAUGAGAGAUCUUUACGCUGCAGAUCCUUUUCACUUCUCUGCUUGUACAAGUAGAUAUAUCUAUCAUUUUAACAAUUUUAUGAAUGUAGUUUCUUCCCCUUUUUACAUAAUUUAUUUAUCAAAAAAAAUAUUAAAGAUAAAUAAAUGGGGGUUGCCUUUAUUUUGGGUUUUAGUUGCUUUUAUGUGUUUA